AGUAUUGAAGUAUUUUCUGUAUUUUUUUUGGAUUUCCAAAAUGAAAAAUAUAAGUAUGAGAUCAAUUAUCCCAAAACCAUAGAAAAAAAGUUUGUCCAAACAUUUUUCAAGUUUUACUCAAUAAUCAUUUUUUGCCUCCUAAAUUAUUUUUCGCUUUCCAUCAGGGUAAAAUAUGAAUCCUGGGGUGAAAAGUGACCAUCCUAUGUGUUUCCUCAAUGAUUCUACUGUCCCCACAGUUUGGGGGAGGGGGGUCAAUGUGGGGCCAAUUAUGACCAAGUAUGGGGUAAAUAAUGACCAAAUUGUCAUAUUCAUUAUUUACCCCCCAUUCACUUUUUACCUCAACCUUUUUUUUCCCCACAUAUGAUUUUUUACCCCAAUCUUGGACAUUUUUUACCCCCCAUGAUUUUAUUCACAACAUAAUUUAUGUAUAUAUAUAUAAAUAUAUAUAUUCUGGUAUUCUAGUCUCCGGAACAAUUGAUAAAACCUGAUCUAGGAACUAUACUGUGUAAUAUAAUCUACUAAAUUCUAUUUCCAGAGUAAAUAGACGGGUGCAUUUAACAUAAGGCUAUCACAGUAUCAUCUAACAUCUAUCAGAAUGGUACGGACCUAUAAAAAGAAAAAGAAGCAAUAUAAUGAAGUUACAAUUGCAGUAGCAAUUAAUAAAGUAAUGGCAGGAUCAUCUAUCAAGAGAACUGCUAAGAAAUAUGGAAUGAGUAGUGGAAUGUUGUGGAACCGUGUCCAGAUGAAAAAAUGUAAUACUGAGCACAAGGAUAAUAGGGUAAUUGAUAUAUGUAUAUGGUUUUCAGUUGUAAAUGAACCUAAAAUGGAUAUAUACUGUACAAAUGUAAUAUAUAUACUGUGUAGCCUAUAUGUACAGGUGUGUGUGUGUGUGUGUGUGUGUGUGUGUGUGUGUGUGUGUGUGUGUGUGUGUGUGUGUGUGUGUGUGUGUGUGUGUGUGUGUGUGUGUGUGUGUAUCACCAUUAAUUAUGUCACUUCAACCUCUUAUGAACAGGGAAGGAAGAUUUUUCUUGGUACAGAGUUGGAAGACAAGUUGAAGAAUCUCCUUAAGAGGAUGGAAAAGAUGGGGCUAGGGCCCACCAUCAUGGAAUUCCAGGAUAUAGUAUAUGACUAUCUCACUGCCAAUGAAAUAAGCACUCCAUUCAAACACAACCGACCUGGACGUGAUUGGGUCAACAGCUUCCUGCUCAGACAUAAUAUGACAUUAAAAAAAGGAGGACAAAUGCAGUUGGCCCGCAAGAGUGUCACUUCAGAUCCAUUUGUUAUUUAUGGAUUUUACGACAUGCUUGAGAAGGAAAUGGAUCGUCUCAAUAUCAAAGAUCGUCCAGAGUGUAUUUAUAACUUGGAUGAAACGGGGUUCCCAAUGGACCCAUCAAAGUCCAAGACAAUUGGGUCAAAGGGAGAGAAAACAGUGAGGCUCACACAUGGCGCGAACAGAGAGAACAUUACUGUCCUCGCAACAUGCUGUGCAGAUGGUACAUGUCUUGAUCCCCUUGUAGUUUUCAAGGGUAAGAAAAUGCAGUCAACUUGGAUAGGAGAGGAAGCACUCCCAGGCACACAGUAUGCUGUUACUGAAUCAGGUUGGAUGACAAGUGCUGUGUUUGAGGACUAUUUUAAGACAUUAGCAAAAAAGACUGCUAACACCCGUCCAUUACUGGUAAUCCUGGAUGGACAUCUAAGCCACACUUCACUGACCACUGUGGAGGUGGCAAUCCAGGAGAAUAUCUCAAUAAUCAAACUACCUCCACAUUGUACCGAGUUGCUUCAGCCUUUAGACGUUGCCUGUUUCGCACCAAUGAAAUCAAACUAUGAUGCAAAGCUUACACAAUAUGUGCAGACAACUGGCGCACGAGAACCGCUUAGAAAAUCAGGAUUUGUUAACAUGUUAUGUAGCAUCUGGAGGCAAAGUCUUUCAGAAAAUAACAUAAAAGCUGGCUUCAAGGCAACUGGCAUAAUGCCCAUUGAUAAGACAAAGUAUAACAAUGAGAGGCUAGAUCCUAUCAAAUUGGCAACAUACAACUCAUGGGUAAGCAAAGGGAUGCCAACUGAUGAGAAUAAUGACCCAAUCCUUGAAGAGAUACCCGAGCCAAAUAAUCAGGAAGAGCCACAAACUGAACUGCCCAUUGAACCAAUUAGGACAUCAACACCAGCUCCUACAACACUCACUCAUACAGAUUCAAAGGCAGGCUGCAGCCACAGGACAAAUGAUCAGUCUAAUUCAUUAACUAGUCCAAUUAAUCAAGAUGCAGAGAACAAUACUUUGAGUAAAUUCAGCACAGCAGAACUGGUUGAUGAACUGCAAAGAAGAGCCCCUUCAGGUAUGAAGUACGUCAUCACUUUGGAGUUAAAACCUAAUGAAACCACUCUGGAGGAGGUGCUCCAUGCCCGCGGUCGAAGUGCUACCCCAGUUGUGAAACGUAGAAGAGUAAUACCUAUGAAAGGACAGGUUAUUACCAAUGAAGAGUGCUUAAAAGAGAUCAAGGGUAAAGAGGAGAAAAAAAUGCAAACAGCUAAGCAAAAGAAAAAGACAAAGCAGCACCCAAAGAAAAAGAAGGUUGAAGUUUCAGACACAGAUUCCACAACUGUAUCCACUGAGGAAAUAGAUUAUGGCAACACUUCCAGUGAUAUCUCGCUGUCUGACCUGCUGGCUCCUGUGACCCCAGAAGCUACAGAUGAAGUCAAUGAACAACAAGAGAAUGCUGACACUAAUCAUGAUAUGAUGCCUAAGCUGAGUGAUGAUUCUGUGAACAAAUAUUAUGCUGUAUUUUACACUGACCCCAAGUUAAAAUAUUAUUGGGGUAAGGUGACGAAGACCUUUACAAAUGAUGAUGACGACGAUGACAUUGAAAAGGUAGAAGUUGACUUCCUUCAGCAAAAGGCAUUUGGUAGUAACCCACAUGACUGGACGUGGUGCGAAAGACCAGUAAAAGACAUUGAAGUAUUAGAGUCACAGUACAUAUUUUAUGGACCUGUGCUCCCAGAAAUCAAAAAAGGAGUUUUCAUUUUCCCUGAUGUAGAGGCAAAUGACUGUCUUCUUCGUCGUAAAAAGGAAGGGCUCUGUUAAUUAAUUUUCUUAACAGAAUGGAACUGACCUAGUACUAGGGUCAUUAUUUACUCCAUUAAUUUUUUCCCCACAUGAUUUUUUUUACCCCAAAAUUGUCAUUUUUUUUCACUACAGGCAAAUUUGCCAAAUUUUCAAAUAACUCAGUUUGUUUAGUGAUUAUUAGAGAAAAUUCAUCUCUAUGAACUCUAUUAGAAUCCAAAGGAAUUAUAAUUUAGAGAAGUUUCAGCCCUUUUAUUUUUUGCCCCUCGCAAUUAAUUUCUUACCCCAUUUGGGGGCAACAAAUGAUUCUGUCUUUUUCAGUUAUUAAGAAAAAAAUAUAAAGAUUAGAACAAAAUACGGUACAACAUUGAAAGCACAACAGAAUUAUACAUAUCUUAUGGUGUAUUUGUUUUUUUCUAAGGCAAGUAUUAAAGGCUACAGGUUGAUGUUAAUGAAAA